GAAGUGUAGGCUCUGAUACCAUUUGAUAAGUGACUUAGGAGAACUCGCCUCUAAAAGCUAGCUGUUAGAGGGAGGGAACCCAAGCACAUGUAUAUCUCACAACAGUAUCCCAUACUACCAAUGUGGAAUAUCUCACAUUAGCAUCCCAUACUACCAAUGUGGGACAAAGGGAUCGUAACAGUAUCCUGAUAUCAACCUCGAGGACAAGGUUGUUCUUGAUGGGGUGGGACUAAUAGACACCUAGUUAUUCACAUUAGCCCAGCCCAGAAGACGCAAGCCCAUGGUAGCACCCAUGUAGCUCAAGGAGGUAAAUCCAAUAUGAUAUGAAUGACUCCAUCACAUAGGUUUGUUUACACCAAGCAGCCAUGCCAAUUGAGUUAGUUAUCUAUCGUAGUCUCAGCAAUCAGAUUGACAUCAAGUGAGAAAACCCUAUUCCUCUUCUAUCUUCUUCUUCUUCUUCUUCUUCUUCUUCUUCUUCUUCUUCUUCUUCUUCUGUCUCAGAAUGGCGAGCUCUCUUGAACGAGAUCAUUUCCAUUACAGCUAUUUUGAGUGUUUUGUCAAUCUGUUUGGGAGGUACCAGAGAAGUCUUUGCAGUUUGUAAUUAAUUUUGGUUUGGGAGAGAUUUUAUUUUCUUUUGAGACUCAUCCAUUACUCAUGUUUCUCUCCCACAAGCUUGAGGGGUGGUCUCAUGGCACCUUUCUCGUUGGCCUAUCAUUGUAAUUGUUGGUCAUGUCUAAUCUUUUUGUAAGAGAUUUCAGUGUAGUUGAAGGAGAGUUUUCUGGUUUUGUUUUGGUUGGUGAUGUAUUUUUGAGUUUUCCUGCAACUGUUUCUUUAUUACUUUUGGGUCAUGUAUUUCUUCUGGCAGUUGAAAGGAGUGGGAUUAAUGAUGGUUUUUGUACCAUUAUUGUAGAGGUUUUGGAAAUGCUGGAGGGAGUGUCUAUGGCCAUUCAUUGGCACCGGAGUAGGAGGCGGAAGUAUUUGUUUUGAUGUUGAGCUAUCUAGUGGCUUUGUUUUUGCUACUAUGGUGCUGCAACAUGUUCUAAUGACUGACUAUUCACAGCCUAAUUGUUCAACUUGUGCAAAUUUGUUUAGCAGUGUGAAUAUAGGCACAAGAAUGCAUGGCACAAUAGGGCCAAAGCCGUUGUGGAUUCUGGUCUUUUUGGAGAUAAUUUUUACGGCCAGACCCUGAAGGGAGGCAUUUCGUGGUUUGAUUCUUUGUCUUCCAGUAGUUGGAGGUGAACAUAAUGAUCAAAAUUUUGGGUUUUCCUUCAAAUAAUUGGGAUAUGGUUUGUGAUGAAAGACAACAUGUCGCCACCUAUUUUAAAGGAGUAUUUAAUGGUCAAGGUGUUCGUCAUUAGCCUUCCCUUUUCAUCAUGCUAGUUUUGAAAUUUGAAAUUUUGGUUGACUUGAUGGGGUUGACCCUGGCAAUCAGUAUGCUCUUUUAACCCCACAUUUCAGAUUGGGUGGUUGGGUUGCUUCACGUGACAGGAGUCUCUUGUCUGUGUUAUCUCUCUUGGAGACAGUUGAUCCUCUUGGCGUUUUCAUCAAUUUGCACCGUUUGUAGAGACCUCACAAAUUCUCUCCCAGUGUUCAGGUUUGCAUCUUCCUCAUCAUUAGAUUAGUCUCUAGUUUGUUGAUAGGCUUAUCUAUUUGUUUUUCACAUCAAUUCCUUAUAAUAUCCCAAGCUGUAUUCUGAACAUGUUAAUGAAAUUUGCCUUUUAUGAUUUAAAAAAAAAAUAGAUAGUAGAGGUAUUUUUGUAUGUGUAUGAUACCAGAAAGACAUGACACUGGAAAAACUUAUGCCCAAUCAACCAACAUCAUGAAAGUGGUAACUAAGCAGAUGGCAUUUAUGAAAAUUCCAACGGCUUUUUUUUUACUAAGGUGGAAGUGGGGGUUUGAGCAUCACUAUCUCCAUUUGUUUUGAACAAAAAAUAUUUGAAUAGAAAAAAACUUGAAGGAUCCAUGCAUUUGAAAAUUGUGGGGACGGUUAGGCAAUUGUUGUUGUCGAAGGCUCUGGUUAGACUAAAGGAUCCGCUAACGAGGCAGUGAUAGUGGAAGAGCAAUAUUGUUGAAGUUCUGGCAGGAUCACAGUUGUAGAGCGACAAUAGAGGACAGGGUAAGCCAAUGAUGCUGCUGCAUUGAGUGAUUGCAGGCUAGAUGAUGACAAUGUAGACCCAUGAGUCUCCGGUCUGUUCUGACGAUGCAAGCUACAUGAUGACAAUGUAAAUCCAUGAGUCUCCUGUCUGUUCUGAAACGGUGCUUGUGGGUUGUAACAUUGAUGAAACGACUUGAGCAAGGAAACGCUUCUCAAAUGUGAAGAAUCAUACAGGCCAUCAAUGGUGCUCUGUUGUCUUCUGAAACGCCACUAAUCAUUCUAGAUGAUGCUACAACCGAUUUGCUUUCCAAAAGAUGGGACUCUCUAGAAACAUGGGCAGUAGAUUGUCGAAACAAUGAAGUGUGAAUAAAAGCUUUAAACUUGUAUUGGGGGUUAAAAGUUGAGAGAGGGAUAGUCAUGAUGGCAGCACCCGGUGAUGAAGAGAAUUAUAUUAUAAAACAAGGCAAAAUGAAAUGAAAACAGGGAUGACUCCAAUAGUUCUGUUUAUUGAUUGCACUAGUGAACAGAUCACCUGGAUGGUGGUUUCAAACUCUAAACUCCAUUUAGCCUUGGAUUCAGAAGGAAGAUCAACCGAUCCAAAGGGAAGAUUACAGCCAUGAUUGCUUCUUAAGAAGGUGGAGAGAGAGAGAGAGAGAGAUAAGAUAAGAUAGAUAGAGAGAGCUGGAGUGGGGUUAGAGAAAGCUCUAAUAUCACGUCUUUCUUGCAGCAUAGAUUUUUCCUAAAAAGUAUAACAGCUAAUUAUUAUCAGGUCUUAAUGGGUCAGACUCGAUAGGAUAGGCUUUAUUAAUAAUGGAUAUGCUUUUAGGUCUGCUAUUCCCACUCCGGGCUGGAUGUUCACAUUUUCUUAUUGGUAAGGGAUCGGUCCACCCUGUUCUGCCCAGACCCAACCAUUUGACAACUCUAGCCUCUUUGAUCUUCUCCAUGUGUCUCUCUGUCGGACAUAUGUAGAUUCAGGUAUGUUCAUUGUUCACUCAUCGAAUUUACAUCUGUGCCCCCACAAACUCCCCACAGCAUAUUCCAACCGUGUAUUGGGAGCAUCUUCCACUAACAAAUUCGGGAGAUGUUCCCAAUGCAUGCUGAGGUGUGUAUGUGGGGUAUUUGUGGGGUGCAGAUGUGAUCUCACUCAUCAACAAAACCAUGUGGAGUGCUUGAGUGGAGAGAGAGAGAGAGAAGCACCGAAUAUAUGGUAUUAACGUAUGAUUGUGUGACUUGACAGUCUGACCCAGUGACCCUUGAAUUCUUCCUAGAAUUGGACCUCACACCCACCUCACAACUGACAACGCUAGUAAUUUCAGUGACCACUGGGGGUCUGCUAUCCACAAGUUGUUCCCACAUCCCUAUCAUAGACCACCACUACCAUGUAUUGGGAACAUCUUUCCAUGAAUGAUAAGGGAGAUAUUCCCAAUGCACAGCUAUAAUAUCUCAUGGGUAGAGAUGUGAGAACGGCUGGUAGGUAGCAUAUCCAAGCCCAUCAGGGACAUCUCUGUACUUGUAUGUUUUUAUUCAAGGGAAGAUGUUCCACAUGCACGACACAGCUGCAAGUACUGUGAGGAGAUCCAAAUUCACCCUUCUGAUACCAAACUAGGGUUGGUUCGCUCUGGCCCAUUGGGCCUAGGAACCAGAAACCCUGAGAGAUUCGGAUCAUUAAGGUUGAGGAUCGGGGAUGAACCGGCUGGUUGAACUAGAUAACAGAUAAACCAAAAGUUAUUUUAAUUGUAUUACUUAAUAAUAAUAGAUUAAUAGUGGUAAUAUAUUUAUAACAUUAAAUCCGUAGGUAUAAAUUUCUGCAGACCAAUCCAGUCCUGGUCCGGCGCUUUCCGGUUGAUAUAUGAUCCAAUUACAUGACUAACCAACUGAAGAGAUACAGGCAUGGAAGUAAAGUUGUUAGAUGAAAUAGUCAAAUUGACAGAGAUAUGAGUUGGCUUGGGCCCUGGCUCUAUUGAAUGGUGUCGGCAAUUGUUCCUACAUGGCUUCCCUUUUUUACUGCAAACGUAUCUUGUCUGGCCGGUCCCUCCCAUUGAAGCUUUUUGGUGGCUUUUUUGAGGCAACGCCAGAGAAAAUUGGUAGCUUUUUCCGCUUAAGUUACGCUUUCCCAUUCCACGCGUGAACUUUGUCUCUCGAUUCUCUCCUUGCAAAUUUCGAAACCCAAUGCAGCAAUAUGCUCCUUCCCAGCAUCCUUCCCCCACAACAUGCAGCUGAAAGAGAGAUCUUACCAUAAUUUGUAGAAAUUAUUUAGCUCUUCCAAUUAAAUAUUAACCCCCAAUAGCCCAAAUGCUCAAUGCAUUCAAAUAGAAACAGAAACCCCCCCCCCCCCCCAAACACCAGACGACCGUCCCUAUAUAUAAAGCCAGAGCUUUGUAGUUCCUCACUACAGAGUACAGAGUGUAAAAGAGCAGAGCAAGUUCCAGACUUUUGAAUAUACAUUCCACUAUUCUCGCCCUCUGUCUAUCUUAUCAUCCGAGUGCUGAGGCUAAAUCAUGUCGAUGGUGGAAGUGAGGGUUCCAAACCUUGACUGCGAAGGUUGUGCUGCAAAAAUAAAGAAGGCCAUCUACAAGCUCAAAGGAGUUGAAGACAUCGAAGUAGACAUGGAGAUACAGAAGAUCACAGUGCGAGGGUACGCAGUGGAAGAGAAGAAGGUUCUAAAGGCUGUUAGACGAGUGGGAAAAGCAGCAGAGCCAUGGCCAUUUCCGGGUUACUCGCACUUUGCCUCAUUUUACAAGUAUCCCACCCACGUUGUUAACCACUACUACGAGACAUCUAGCAACAGUGGAGCUGCGAGUGUCCAUACUUUCUUCCACACUCCUGCAGCCUACUCAGUGGCCGUGGCCUCCGACGAAGCAGUUGCCUCCCUUUUUAGCGAUGAAAACCCGCAUGCCUGCACUAUUAUGUGACUGAUUUUUUUUUUGGUCCCUUCUUUUUUGGAUAAGGGGUGCAACAUGAGGUCUUUCUAGGUCUUUCAUCUUAGCAUUACUCUCACACAAACGUGUAUAAUUUUGGAGUUUUCAUGGAAUCCGAUGUAUCGGUGCUGGUAUGAUCAUAUUCAAAAUCAUAUAUUUUUCAAAACAUCUACAAUUUUUUUUCUUUUUUUAUGAAUAAAAAGCAGAAAGAUGUUCUUGUUAA